AUGUCCCGCCCGCCGAAUCAUGCAGCACCAGCCCUCACGGCUCCAUCUACACCAGCAGUACGCAAUGGCUCAACUGCCACCUCCAAUACCUCCAAUACCUCCACCACCUACCCCUCCAACCCGUCGAUGAACAGUAGCGGUCCUCCGCCAUCCCCCGGGCCCGGAUCAGAACGAGGACGAGCACGAGGACCGCCCAGCAUGUCGCGCGCCGAGCGAUUCGAGGAUGAGAAGCGGCGCAUCAUGGAGUCUUGCUUCUCCAAGCUCGACCAGAACGGCCAGUUGACGGAGAGCUACAUCACACAUAUUCGCAUCAUCGAGGAUGCCGCGCAUCCCUCGUCGCCGCCGCCGCCCGACAGCCCGGAGUCCAACAAGAAGCCGCGCCUGAUCAUCAUCGCGGUGCGGUCUACCGGACGAGUCAGGAUGCACAAGGCAAGAGAGAAUAUGAAUGGGAGCUUCAGUAUCGGCAAGACUUGGAAUAUGGAGGAGCUAUGUGCCAUUGAGUCUUACUCCCACUCCGCUGCGCCUCCCCAGACUGAAAAGGAGGCUCAGUAUCGGAAUUGGGCUGGCAACGUGGGUUUCACCGUGACCGUCUCCAAGCCGUACUAUUGGCAGGCGGGCACCACGAAGGAGAAGGACUUCUUUAUCGCCAGUGCGGUCAAGAUCUAUCGAAAAUACACAAAAGGGCAGGUUCCGGAGUUAAAGGGCUUCGACGAGCGGGAGAAGGCAGUGAUCUUGGGCGGGACUCCGCAGGCACAACAACAACCGCCGCCUCCUGAACAAUCAGCUCCACAAGCUUCGCGGCAGCCCAGCUCGUCUCCAGCUCCAGCACCACCGCAACCCCCUUACGCGCAGAGAGAUCAGAGCCAGGAGGGAAGCAGAUACCGGCAAAGUCCAGGCCCUCCGCCCAGCAUUAGCGAUGCAAGACCUUCUAGUGGACCUGGUAGAAGGCCAUCCGAUUCUCCGGCACGAUUCGGACCUCCUCCACAACAGCCUGGUGGAUUGGUGCCUGGCGGACCGCGCCCCUCCAUGAGUUCUGAUCAGCUGCGCGCAAACAGUCGUGACGGCAGGGGAGCAGCGCUUCGCCCCGGGACUUCUCCUGGUGAGCGAUCACCAGCCAUUCAACGCCCUGUUGGACAGCCUCCACCUUCUCCCAUGCGCACUGAUGGCUUCGGAAAUCCUCCCAUGGGAGGUGCACCCUCACCGCUGCGGCCUCAGAGCCCGCCAAGGAAGAGGGAAAUGCAAGCAAUCGACGGCGCAUCUGAGGAACGAAGACCUAGUAAUGGCCUUCCUGUGAACGGACUCAAUGCAAAUGGAGCCAGUCUCUUCAACAGCGCGCGUCAAAGAUACCUGGAUUACCAGCCACAACCAUCGCCAACAACGCCAAAGCCCAGCCAGCUCCCGCCCAUCGAGACAUCUCAAGCUCCGGCUCCGGCUCAGAAUGGCAUCCGCAAGGCCCCGACCGAUGCACCGCCAGAGAGCGCGCAAAGCGAAUCCCCAGCAGGCAUCAAUUUGGAUCAUGAGCAAACGAUCGGGGGCCUUACUGGCUUUUGGGGACCUGAGCACUCACGUGCUGCCACGCCCACCAUUCCACAAGAGCCUGAAGGGUCGGAUACGCCGGAGCGCUCGAGAUACCGUCCUCAGAUGGGAGCGAAGGCAUCGCAAAGCAGUGUUGAUCUUAGGCCAGCGCCUCUAAGCCAGGCUCGAAACCCAUCUUAUACCGCGAGCCAAAGACUCAUCACCCCGAGAGCGGCGGAUGCUUCCGAGAGUAAGCUGCUGCAGUCUCAGAACAAGUCUGAAACUUCUCUGCCUCUUCCUGGCGCGUUUUCGCCGCCAUACUCACGAUCUACAGUCGAUUCCACUCCAGCGGAGGACCCCGAGGAGGACCUAGACGAGACGGAGGCAUACCGCCCAGGUCUUGGGCCCAUGUUCAAGAAGAAAGCGAUUGCUGAUCGAUUCAAGAAAGCUGCCAAUGCUGCGAGUGCUUUCAAGCCACGGCCGGGAGGAGCUGCCGAGAGAAUCUUGCAAGCUAAGGCUGAGCGGGACGGCGAGCCAGAUGGCAUCACCGGAGUUGUACCAAGGCCCGCGAGUCGCCCUGAACACAGGCAGGAGGAAGCACCGGCCACACCAGUGGAGGAUCUUUCGGUCCAGGAGAUGCAGAAGGACAUGCCACCAACACUUGAAGUCAGCUCACCUCAAACUCCUCUGCAAUCUCAGCCGGCCGCCCCGUCAGAGGCUCGCAGAAGUGUUGAGUUGUUUGACAGCGUUGCGCAUCUUCAGCCAGCAGCUACUCCAGAGCCAGCAAUAGCGGACGAAGAAAAGCUAGAGCGCCAGAUUCGGCAGCCUCAAGUCAAAAGCAAAAGACGGAGCGCUCAGCAAGAGAAAUACCUUGCUGCACUUGACAUCGAUCGGUCGCUGUUGGAGGGCAAAGGCCUCGAUUUCGAGAUGACGCUCUCCGAUUUUGGCUGGAGCACCGACGUUCUGAAGCCCAAGCAAUUGGCCAUCCUAGAAGCAGAUGUUCGUCGCGAACACGGACAGGUCGAGGCCGGCUCCUGGUUAUCACACACUGAUGCGGCUCGAGAAGAGAGGGUGGCACACGUUGAGAGCCUGCUCGACAAAGCCAUUGCAGAAUGUGAUGAGCUCGAUGGGCUCCUCACUUUGUACAAUGUUGAAUUGAGCACUCUUAACGAUGAUAUUGCGUUCAUUGAGGCCCAGUCCCAAGGUCUACAGGUGCAGUCCGCCAAUCAAAAGCUCCUUCAGACGGAACUGCAAACUCUUGUCGACACUAUGUCCUUAGAUCGGCGAGUUCUUGAGCCAAUACGAUACGGAGACCUGGCGGAUGCCCGCAAUCUGGAAGAUGUGGAAGGUGCUUUGAUUAGACUAUACCGCGCAAUGCUGCUGAUGGACCCCUCGAUGUCGUCGCGGCAACGCUCGGCGGUUGGUCUGAGCGAGAACGAAACCUCCAACAUGGCCGCAUUGAGAGAAAAGAAGGCCACUUAUGACCAUGAGACGCAGGAGUUCUGCAAACGCUUAAUGCAAUUCCUCGACACCAAAUUCAGCACUUCGAUGAAUGCUGCAAAGUCCAGAGUCCUACGAGUAACCGGGGGCGGCGGUUUGGCGAAGCUGAACUCCGAAGCAUUCACAGAGGCCAGAAAUGGCUUGUGGAUGUACGUGCCCCUGAUUACAUUUACAAGGGAGCUGAAUCCUCCUGCUUGGCAAACCCUGCUCAGAAUGUACUACUCGCGGGCGGCCAUUUUGUACAGCGACGCAUUCAAGGAGAACCUCUCGAACUGGAAACGCGCAGCCAGGGCAACCACUGGCGAAGAUACCGAGAUUCUCUUCACUGCACAAGAGAAAGAGGAUUCGGCUGGUGGCGGUCUGUCCUCUACGGCACGGAAGCUGACUGUCAAGCGCUCACAGACUUUGGCGAAGACGCUACGAAAUGCAGCAAGCGGAGACAAGCAUGGCGCAUCAGAGCCUAAGCAGCCUGGCGCUAUGUCACGUUCGCAGGCAUUCGCGGGUGCUCUGGAUGAAAUGGCACCACUGAUGAGUCGCGAACAAAACUUCUUUGUGGAUCUCUUCCAUGCGCACUCCCUCGAGACAGAGGACUUCGAAGACGCUGUGCACGCGGCGCCGCCUUCCGCCAGGCGAGGCACCAAUCUGCUCGACCGGAAGCCCACAGAUCCUGACCGAGGUAUGGCCCAACUGGUCAACAAUACCAUGGGCGAGAUCUUCGAUUUCUUCGGAAAGGAACUCAAUAACCUGCUCAACUGGAGCAUUUCUGAGGAUCCGCUACAAGGUGUAGGUAUCAUGGCUUGUCUAAGUAGACAUGGCUUUUACCUACACGAGAGCAGCCAAGAGUAUCUCCUUCAACUGGUCAGAGAGCUGUCAGAGAGGCUGCAGAGCCGAUUUAACAAGUUUAUCGAGGAGCAGGUGCGUGCCGUCGAAGACACGAAGGUCAAGAUCAAGAAGCGCAAGGGCGUCAUUGCGUUCAUGAAGAUGUUUCCUCACUUUUCUGCGGCUGUGGAGAAUAACUUUGCGUCGGUCGCUGGCAAUGAUUACGAUAGACCGGCCGAGUGCAUGAUGGACGUCAGACGGCUUGUGGACGAGGCGUACGAAAGGAUCAACCGGGCGAUGUUUGAUAGUCUCAAGGUCAUCGCCAAGGAGAGUCCCGUUGCCGGCGGGCCCUCGAUGAAGCAAGCGACGGGCGAUGAUCCCGAGGACAAGGAAAUGCUGAACUAUCACAUCCUGCUGAUCGAGAACAUGAAUCACUACGUAGAGGAGGUGGAUGACGGUACCCGCCAAGGCGUACUCGCCGAGUGGAGAGGCCGCGCGCAGAUGGAAAGAGCGGAGGCUCUGGAGGGUUAUGUCGCGCGGGUCAUCCGGCGACCACUCGGCAAGCUCCUGGUAAGUAAUUCAAACUCCGAAGCAAGCGCAGCUGUUUUGCUCCUCAAAAGUCCCCCCAAAAACUGAUGAUCAAUCGCUGCUUAGGACUUCCUCGAAUCGGCCGAGUCCAUCCUGUCCACCAACGCGAACCCCAGCGCCGUCUCCUCGCGCCCGUCCUACUCCCGCAAGGCCAUGCGCACCCUCCUCUCCCAGCACGACGGCAAGGAGAUCCGCCGCGGCAUCGACACCCUGCGCAAGCGCAUCGAAAAGCACUUUGGCGACGCCGACGAGGAGGCCAUCUCGCGCACGCUGGUGGGCUACGUGUGCAAGGAAUGCGAGCGGGCCUAUGAGCGCACCCUGGAGCGGACGGAACGCUUGGCCCGGGAAGUCUAUCCGCCCACGGAGGGGGAGAAGAAUGUGGAAAUUGAUUUCUCCCGGGCGGACAUUCAGGCUGGAUUUCGAAGGUAA